UUUUAGUGCUCGCGAAACAAGUCUAUUCAAAUGUCAAGUUGACAACUGUCAUUGAUCAAGCAGUAUUGCCAAUUACACGUCUCUUUCUUUUUCCGGUCGCCAGAAUGGGUAUUGAUAUCAGCCAUAAAUACGAUCGCAAAGUUCGCAGAACUGAGCCUAAAUCUCAGGAUGUUUACUUGCGUCUUCUUGUCAAGUUGUACCGCUUCCUACAGCGUCGUACCAACAAAAAGUUUAAUCGCAUCGUCUUGAAGCGUCUGUUCAUGAGCAAAACUAACCGCCCGCCAAUGUCUUUGCAGCGUGUCAGCCGUUUCUUCAAGACAGCCGCUCAACCAGAAGCCACAGUUGUUGUUGUCGGUAGCAUUACCAAUGACAUUCGUCUGUUGAAAGUACCCAAGAUGACUGUUUGCGCUUUACAUGUUACACAGACAGCUCGCGAGCGCAUCAUCAAGGCUGGUGGCAAAGUGUUGACUUUCGAUCAAUUGGCACUUAAAUCGCCUACUGGCAAAAAUACCUUAUUGUUGCAGGGAAAACGUACUGCACGAACAGCCUGCAAGCACUUCGGCAAGGCGCCUGGUGUGCCACAUUCGCACACCCGCCCAUACGUGCGAUCAAAGGGUCGCAAAUUUGAACGUGCUCGUGGUCGUCGUUCCAGCUGCGGUUACAAGAAGUAAACACUCAAGCUUAGUACGUUUAUGCGUUUGUAAUAUUAUAUUGUGGGUAAUCACGAAUUUCGUAUUUGUGACUAUUGAUUUUUGCUGCAUAGUGCACGACAGCCGCACAACAUGUUUAUGCAAAUAAAAGAUGCAAUUACUUAUAAUUUUUUCCAAAGUACAAAA